UCAAAAAGGCGAAAUUGAUGUAAGUUAAAAGUUUAAUAGUACAGUGUCUCGUCAAAAUGCAAGCAGUUGAUUUGGAAUUAUUGAAUCGCAGUGCCAAGUUCGUGUUUACGGAUGGUAUACCUGAUAACCCACGAAAAUGGAUUAUCCGUACUUUGAAGACCGUGAUUGAUCCGCAGGAUAUUACAGCUAUUUUUAGGUGUGAUAUUGGUGGUGCAUGGUUUUCGACUUUUACGUCAGAGGAGGUUGCUGAACAAGUUAUAGCAUCGGAUUAUUCGUCGUUAGAUUCAAAAGUUAAAGUGAGUCGUGCUGAUAAAAGAACAGUGCAAUUAAAAGUGUUAUGGUUACCUGUUUGGAUUAAGUUAAUAGCAGUUGAAAUGUUUCUUGAACAAUUUGGAACAGUUAUCAGUUGUGUCAGGGAAACGGAAGCUUCAGAAGGAGUGUCAUUUUCAAAUGGGAACAUUAAAGUGGCGUUAGAAGUGUCAGAGAAAGAAGUUCACAGUAUACCGUACCGUGCGGUCAUUGGUGGUAAGGACUGUCUACUUACUGUUUUCGGUAGACCACCAAAGUGUUUGAAGUGUAAGGAAGUCGGGCACAUUCGUCGGAAUUGUCCGUCCGUGAAAAAGUCUACAGUACCAAUACCUUCGCAAAAAGUAUUGGUUUCGGAAACUCAGAACAUUGACAAUAGUACUAGUGAAACGUUAGAUUCACAAGUUACUACUCCAGAUACCCAGGAGUCUACAGAGGAUACUAUGGAAACCGAGAAAUCUCCGUCCGUCUCGAAGUCGUGGUCCGAUAUCGUCACAGAAGCGGAGGAUCUUUCUACUUCUGGCAAGAAGAGAAAGAUGGACAAAGUUAAAAAGUUAACAUACGAACUGUGUUUUGUUAAAAUGUCAGACGGGAAGGUUAAACCGUCGUUAGGUUGUUUAAAUGACAAGAACCAGUUAACUACGUCCAAAAUGAGUGAUAAAGAAUUGGAAGGUAUAAUUGGUAAAGAACCGGACAGACAAAAACAUAAACAGUUAUUAUUAGACAAUUUACAAGAUGAUAUUGACAUUGUAGUAGACCCAUAUUAUUUUUCACAUAAAUCUAAAUAGUUGUAUUUAAAGUUUAAAGUAAUGUUAUACUUGACAAGUAUUCAUUACAUGUAGUAUUUAAAACAGUUUAGUUCAAAAUUUAAAGGUAACGUUAUUGUCGUAGCACACAUGACAAUGCAUUAUGGACUUUAGUGGGUUGUGUGUGUACGAUAUUGAUUUUGAUGUUUAAAUGUAUUCACUUAUAUGUAUUUUGUAUUUGAUUUGUUAAAGGUAAACAAUAUAGGUAAAAAUUAUCGGAUGACAUUUAUUUAUAGUUCUAUUUAAAUAUAAUACUAGUUAACCUGUUAACGAAAACUGGUUUUAACUAUAAAGGUAAAUUAUUUAAAGGAAAGUUACAUAUAGAUUUGUAAAAGGAAUUUAAAACAAUUAGUAUUUUAAUCUAAAAGGGGGGUUUUUCAGUAA